AAUUUUCCAUUCAUGGUGUUUUUGUUGUCUCUCAAACACGCAGGCGGCGGUAUUUUGGCUCUCCUCGGGGUUUAAUCCGAUGAAAUAUUAUUGCGAUUUUUUCGGUAGUGCGACAAACUAAACGGGUGCAAUUUCGUGCGGAAAGUGUUCUCCAGCGAGCGGUGCAUCGUUUACGCGUGGAAUUCAGAUUCCCAUCUGAGGGUGUGUGUGUUCGAUUCGUUUCUCAACCGGAUUUCACCGGGAUCCGGAAGGAAUUGUCCGAGCGGCGGAAGAAGAACCAGGAAACCAUUUGCGCGAGCGGCUUCGGUGGCUAACGGCUUAACGGGCUAAGACAGCGCCUCUAGCGUCUUAGUAGCGGGACAUUCAUUGAUCGGGACGAUCGUUCUUGGUUUGUCCCAAGUGGCUGGCCUGAAGAAGCGCAUUGCCAAGUCUUCUCUCUGCGGGGUGGUCUGCGAACCAGAACCUCGGUAACCCGGCUUCUGAAUCACGUGCUAAAGGGAGGAGUGUGUCAGCUCCUGACAUUAGGCAAAAAAAGGAAGAACAGUUGAAAGAUUCAAAUCAAAAGAAAAACAACGGUAGCUAAAGCCGAAGCAAACAGCAACAACAACAGCAACAGCAUGGGUGACGCUAUCAACUUUGGUCCUGCGUGGUUGCGCAAAGUUGCGACCUUCGAUAGUAACGCUGUGAGCAGCAUCGGUGGACCUCCCCACAGUAGCAGCAACAACAACAACAUCAGUAGCAGCAGCAGCAGCUCCAGCACCAACAAUAAUCAGACCAUCAACAGCAGUAACCAGAACAACAACAACAGCAGUAGCUCCGGUUCGGCGGGCGGCGGUACAAACAGUGGUAGCUAUUCGGCAGCCCUGGCGGCUGCCAAUGCCGCGGCGGCAGCAACAGCAUCCGCCGCGGCUGCUGCUGCUGCUGCUGCCACCACGACCACCCGGUACGCACUGGCCGAGUUCCGGUAUGGGCGGGAGGAAAUGUUGGCUCUGUUCGACGUGAAGGUGGUCAAAACGCCAGAGAUACUGGUCAACUUCAAAAACUUGUACGUUGACAAGGUGCAGUGUCCGCUGGCGUUGACCCCUUGCACCGACGACGACGUGGUACCGGAACCAGAUACCAGGCGUAUAUGGCAGACGAGGAGCACUUCGCUGGGUGUGCCAGGGCGUGGCGCUCGGGGCGGGUCCGUUGACCGAGGAAGGGGUCGUGGUAGAGGCCUCUAUCUCGGCUACCAACGGUCGACCUCUUUCUACGACGAUGAAUCCAGAAGCGUGGGAAGAGGUGAACGACCAUGGCUGGAACGCAACGGCACCGGUGGUCCCCUCGGCGCUGGAAGCGGGGGUGCCGGCGGUGGCGGUAGCGAGGUCGAUUGGAACAGCUCUUCGACGUCGCCCCGGAAGGAGUUCGGCGGCGGGUUACGGGCGCGAACGACCAACAUGGAAAGCUGGCGCCGGUCGACCCGUCCGGACGACGAACCGAGCGCAACGGACUGGCGUAGUGGUGGUCUGAAUACUAGCGGGGGAAGCAGCGGUGGUGGGCUGUCCGGAUCGUCGGGCCUGCGGGAAAAGUGGUCCCGUUCUACUAGCUGGCGCGAUGAGGACGGCGGUACGGGUGAUGGCUUGGGCCGUUCGGGGUUGGGCGGUCUCCAUCCGUCGGUUAGCAGCGAGCGGAUUAUACCGGGCUCGGGCGCUUACAAGCCCAGGUUGUCCGCGCUGAGUGGAGGCACCGGGGAUUUGAACACCAGCGGUGGUGGUACGGGUCCGAUGAGUGCACUGCGGCGGAACUGGGACACGGAAGACCAACUUCCGGAGUGGGCUACGGAGAAUCCCUCGGACUACGGUGGAAGCUUCGAUGCUAGUGGGGCGUUCCAUGACUCCGAUAACGACGUCGAUGGGCGGCUGGACGGCGACGACGGCGGUAAGGAGAAUCAUGUGAACAGAAAGGAAGGAUCGUCGGGCAGUUCUAGGAGAAGUGGUGCUUCUUCGAAGGAAGGUAGUGCCAGUAAGGAACUAACGCCGAAUCAUAUGGUGGAGAAAGCAGAUCCGGUGGAGGAUCCGAAGAAAGGUGGUCACCGGGAAGAGCGAAAAGAGGAAGUCGAGUCUAGUAAACCGAAGGAGGAUAGCGUUGGCGGGAAGGACAAAGAGUCGAAGGAGUCCAGUAGCCCGCAUCCUUCAUUGGUGGAAACGCUCAAGACGAUGCAUGAUAUGGCGGCUGAAAUUGACAUCCAUCUAACGGCCGCCAGCAGUAAUAAUAGCAGUACUGGGGAAGUUAGUUCCAAAGCUGAAGAGAGUCCAAACCGGAAUCGAGAUGUUCCGAAGAAGUCAGCUUCGAGUUCCAGUGUGGAUCGGAUGCAGGAAGUGGCCGAUGAUAUGGUGGCACAGUUGAUCAUGGACGACGAAUACACGGGCGCCGGAGAUCCGGAUCCUACUCCGGUGUCCCGGUCACUGGACAAGUCACCGGUCCUUGGUGCUCAGAUUCCGAUCAAUCUGCUCCUGUCGAAGGAGCCGGUGGCCAUGCAGCAGCUGUUCGCGAGCGGCAAUUCUGGCAGUGGAAAUCGAGGCAUGCUUCUUUCCGACGUGAAUCGAUCGAUGUUGCACGGGGUUGGUCCUCAAAUGGCGCCGCAGAUGCACCACAACGGAACGGACAUCUGGUACUAUCGGGAUCCGCAAGGCAAGGUUCAAGGUCCGUUCCCGGCGUCGGAGAUGACCGAGUGGUAUCGUGCGGGUUACUUCGAUGAUUCCCUCUCGGUGCGGCGGGCCUGCGACGAAAUCUACACGACCCUAGGUCAACUGGUAGCUCUCUGCGGCGGUGCCAUUCCAUUCCUGAACUCCAUGAGUAUACCACCGAUUAAGAGUAGUAGUAAGCAGCAACCCCAGUCCCAACCCCAGCAGGCUCCUCAAGCUCCCACCAGCUCAUUCCAACAACAGAAACCUGCCUCCACGCUGCAGCAUCAUCUCCAGCAGCAAGCACCGCCUACACCGCUCGACACGGAUCUGACGGCCCAUGUGCAGUUCACCAAAAAGCUCCACUUAAUCCGCCAGCAGGGCAUCAUCUUGCAAAAGCUCAGCUCGACCGAGGGUUGGUCGUUGCUCUCGCAGGAACAGCAGAACGCCAUCAUGGCGCAGCACAUGGCCCAGCUGCAGCUCAACGAUAGUCUGUUGAUGUCGCCCUCGCCGCUGGCGCCGUCGGUGCCAGCCAAUGCCACCUCCAGCUCAUCGAAUCCGCCGAAUCCGGCAAGUAUUUUCGGGGGUGUCGUCCCACCGCAGGAUUCGCUAGUCAAUCUCAAACAGGCGCAGCAGCAUCAGCAGCAGGCUCAAGGUCAACAGCAGUCGCAACAACAGCAGCAGCAGCCCGGCGGUCAACACCAUCCGGUGAUGGAGCAACUGCAAAAGAGCAACAGCCUCAGCAGUGCGUUCCAAAAGAUGCAAUUGUCCGACUUUGGGCAGCCGCAACCCGGGCGACCGAUGCUGGGCAACUUGAACGUCGAUCCCACUGCCGGUCAUGACCACUUGGGGCAACUGAUCCACAACAUUAACUUUAAUCAUCAACCUCCAGUACAAAACCUUCCACUCGGCUCCAAUAUGUUGCUGAAGCAUAACCUUAUAGGAAACCUGACACCGCAGCAGCAGCAGCAACAACAGCAGUCACAGCCAUCGCAGCAGCCCCAAGCACCAAAACCGAACCUAGAAAGCGAUCCAAUUCAGUCACUGCUCAUGCAACUAUCGAUGCAUAAACAACAGCAGCAGCAACCGCCACCGCCACAGCCAUCCAAGACACCGGCGGAACUAAUGACUCCAUGGUUACAGACGCAAUCGAUGUCCCAGCAGCAACCCCAGCAGGCGGCGUUGCGUACGUUAGGCAGCGGUUGGGGAGAUCUGCCGCCUACGAGUGCCUCCUUUGGGUCGCUCUUGCAGCAACCGCCAUCGCAGCAACCACAACACCUAGCAGGCCAUCCACUGGUCAACGCGAGCUCUGCCAACGAGCCCCAGGCUCCGUCGGUUGUGUCGCUCUUCAAGCAUCAUCAACAGUCCGAGAAGCAGAACCAAGAAAAGUUGGUAUCUGAAUCUCACCAACAGCAGCAUCUGCAACAACAACAAUUGCAACAUCAAUUGCAGCAGCAGCAGCAGCAACAACAACAACAACAGCAAACUCAGCAUCAUAAUCAUCAACAGCAGCAGCAGCAGCAACAACAACAGCAGUUGCAGCAGCAGCAACAACAGUCAACAAAUCAUCAGCAGCAUUUUGAACGUACUCACCAAAAGCAGCAGCUGCAAGUUGAGAAUAUUGUUACUCAACAACAGCAACAAGUUCAGCAACAGCAGCAGCCGCAGCAACAGCAACAACAACAGCCACAAUACAUCCAGAAACCUCAGAAAGAAGACAGGAAAGAACAGGAACAUCUUGCUCAGCAGCAACUACAGCAGCAACAACAACAACAAGCUCAACAGCAGUUGCAGCAGCGGCAUUUCCAACAACCUGCCAAACAAGAGAAGCAACAAUCAAAGCCAAACCAGCAGAAAGCGGUCAACAACGUUGACGUCGAAGAACAGCAAGUGAAUCAACAACUGCAGCAGCAGCAGCAGCAGCCGCAACAACAGCAGCAAGUCGGCAAAUUUCCCCAACAGAAGGGAAACAAGAAGCAGCAGCAAUCGAAGCAGCAACAACAGCAGCAUGCCGCCGACGACGAUCAGGGCGAUUUCAUCAACGUGAAGAAAGAGAUGGAAGAGAAGAAGCGCCAGAAGGAGCUGAAGAGACAACAGCAGGAGGAACUGAAGCGCAAGCAGGCCGAAGAGAAGAAGAAACAGGAAGAGCAGGAAGCGCAAAAGAAGGCCAAACUGCUGGAAACGCAACGCCGCGAGGCGAUCAAGAUCCAAGAGCAGCAACAGCCGCGUCCCGCCACCAAGGUGGCUCCGUGGUCCGCUUCGGUUGCCGAAACGGUCAGCAGCGGACCCAGUCUGGAUGAAAUCCAGAAAGCCGAACGCGAGCGUCGUGCCGCUGUAGCCCGCCAGGAGCAAUCCCUGCGCGAGCAACAGCAGCAGCAGGAGAUCCUCGAGCUUCAAACCCAUCUGGACAGCAAACUCAAAUGGAACGCCCAAAACUUGAUUCCCCAGAAUGUGAAAUCAUUGGCGGAGAUUCAAGCCGAAGAAGCUGCCGCUGCGGAACGCGCACGCGAGAAGAAUGCCGCUGCUCUGACGGCCGCUUCGAUCGCAGCAUCUGCCGCGAAGGCCGCCAAAAAGGAGGAAAUACUCGGAACGGCCGUUUGGCAGAGCCAAGGCAGCGUUCUGACCUGGAACACGGCCAAACUGUGGUCCAACGAGGAGCAGAACAAUCUGAGCUCCGGUGGCUUCUGGGAGGAACCGAAUCCGUCGAACAAGAACGGCCGCCAGAAGCAGAACCACCAGCAGGCGGCCGCCCAACAUCAUCAGCAGCAGCAGCACGCCCAGAAUCAGAAGCAAUUGCUGAGCAAGAGCAAGACGAUGGGCAGCAUCUCGACGGCUUCCUCUUCGAACGCCGUGGCCGCGGCCAAGCAACAGCAGCAGAAAAAUCAAAUGCAACAUCAGCAACAGCAGCAUCAGAAGAAUGCUUCCAAGGGUGCCUCCGCCGGUGCGGGUAAACACUCGGGUGGAGGUUCUGGAGCCGGUGGCGAGCGGAAGGAGCGCAAUCAGGGUGGCGGCGGCGGCGACCACACCAACGAGUUCACCGGAUGGUGCACCCGAGCAUUGACCUCGCUGAACAGCAAUGUUGAUAUUCCAACGUUCGUUGGCUUCCUGCAGGAUAUUGAAUCACCGUUCGAGGUGAAGGACUACAUCAGACUCUACCUAGGCGAAACGAAGGAAUGCGCCGAGUUUGCCAAACAGUUCCUGGAGAGACGCUCCAAGUACAAGAACCAGAUGCGCCAGAAGAACGCCCACAUCGACGACAUGUGCAAACCGGCUCCGGCCAUCAAUCCGUCGUCCAACGAUUUCCAGGAGAUCAAGGGCAAGAACAAAAAGGUAAAGAAAAACAAAAUGACCAAGCUGGACAAUCGUUGUCUGGGUUUCUCGGUGACCGCUGCCCCGGACCGUUUGAACGUUGGCGAUCGCGACUACGGUGACAAUGCCUAAAUGGGAGGGGUGCACCAGUACUAGCACAGCUCUGCCAGGUAGGCCGGCGAGUAGGAAAACACACAUUUCCGUUGAUUUUUCUGCAAUUGACACAAGCAUAAACACACACACCGCAAAGCAAAACACAGGAUGGAUUAGAGUAGGGAAGUUGGUUGGCCAACUGUUGUGAAAAGUGCAACCAGUUUAAACGCUGGUUUUCCGUUUUCUCUUGGCUAGGAAAAUGAAAUGAUGAAAAACUGAAUGGUUUUUGGCGUUCCUCGUUGCAUAAUAGAUAAGAAAGCAGAUGAAUCACACAAACACAUUUAGCCAAAAUGAAUAGCAGCGCGUACGUCUAUAUCUAUAUAGUUUCAAUAGAACCGCAGGAUGGGAAACAUACAGUCCGGAUGGUGAACUAAUAAACACCAUCCUUGAAGGAUGGAAUUACGUCGGGGAGGUCCGUAGUCGUGAUGUAGAAAACGGAUCGAAUUAGGAAUCAGUUUUGUCUGUGUUUUUUUUUUGUUGGUUAUCCUAUGUAGUUACUAAUCAAUCGAUAAUUGUUUUACACUGUGAAUGAAGGUGAUUGUAUUGCGUUUCUUGAAUUACAGAACAUUGUUGAAUAAUUCUUAAGGAACCGACUGCGCUCUGGUGUUUCUUGAUCUGGAAUGACAAAUAUAAUGGAAUAUGGAGAUGAAAAUUUACCUGUAAUUCGUAUUUGUAUCAAAAAGCUUCUAAAGAAGCAGUUAUUCUUGGUGCUUUUAUCAAAACUUCAAAGUCGCUGCAUUAGAUGUUUAAAUUUUUCCAGUUCGAACGAAAUCUCGAACUUUCCUGUUGAUGAAGCCUUGAUCGAAG